UCUCUCUCUCUCUCUCUCUCUCUCUCUCUCUCUCUCCUCAGCCAGCCUAGGUGUGCCACGCUCGUCUCUGUGUGAGCGCGAGCGAGAAGGAAGAGGUCGAGGACCGCCAACCGUCUCUCCCUCUCUCUCUCUUUCACUCGUCGUCGUUUUGAUAUAUACACUCUGCAUCAGCAGCACAGCAGAGUAGCAGAGCAGCAGCAUCUCUCUCUCCCAUAUAUAUAAGUGACUCAUCAGCGCCGUUUAUUGGAAAAAUGGAAACGUCACAUUGAGGCCGUGUAUUAAAAGUUAUAUAUACACGCAAGCGUAUAACGCCGCCGACGAGAGUGAGUAGCAAAAGGAGUCUCGCGAGGGGUGGCGACUCGUGUUCCUCUCUCUCUCUCACGCUCACUCAAGUGUCUGUAUGCGCGUUGUGUAGUAUCGCCAAGUAAGAGAGAGAGAGAGAGAGAGCAGCGUAAAAGGGGGAGAGAGUCGUCUCGAGUACCUAUACGACGACGGGAGAGUCUCGUCUGCCGAGACAAGAGGACGACGCUCUGCUCCUGGACGAAGCCGGAUAUUUAUCUGUCCCAUGCGAGAACAACGCCGCUGCUGUUUCAUAGUUGUUCUGAGCACUGUGGAGCUGGACUGAUGAGUCUGUGAGGUAUAGGUUAGAUUCUGCUGUGGAGCCUUAGAGUGGCUUACCGAGUCUUCUUUGGAGCUAACCUGUUGACUGGGAAAUGGUUUGAGUUGAUCGUAGCGCAGAGAACAUUGCUUCUAGACUGUUUUAUUUCUAGAAGAUUGUAUAAUUAACGUGACUAAUGAAGCCAGCCUUUCAGUGCCAAUGAGAUGUUUGUUUGAUCGCUACUUUGCCAUGUUAUGAUUAAGCAUAAAUACAGCAUUGGUUCUGAGGAUUUUGCUCCAAAACCAAUCCUCUAACCUGUUGAUAUCUCUAAUGAUUGCUUGAUUAUGAUCAACAGUUUGGAAUAGUAAUAACACAAAGCGUAGUUUUAAAUAUUCAAGGAUCAGUGAAGUGGUUGAUAGACUGCUAGUUCUGUAUAUUUAGCAUUUGUGAAUAUUAAUUUUUACCAAUAUGACUGAAUACAAGCUUGUUGUGGUCGGAGCUGGAGGUGUGGGAAAGUCUGCGCUCACCAUUCAGCUGAUUCAGAACCAUUUUGUGGACGAGUAUGACCCUACGAUUGAAGACUCUUACAGGAAACAGGUUGUUAUAGAUGGCGAGACGUGUUUGUUGGACAUUCUUGACACAGCAGGUCAGGAGGAAUACAGUGCAAUGAGAGAUCAAUAUAUGAGAACAGGGGAAGGAUUUCUAUUGGUGUUUGCUGUAAAUUCUGCAAAGAGUUUUGAGGACAUUGGUACGUAUCGAGAACAAAUCAAGAGGGUGAAAGACGCGGAGGAAGUACCAAUGGUGCUGGUCGGUAACAAGUGUGACCUGCAACAGUCCUGGGCCGUCAACAUGACGCAGGCGAGGGAAGUGGCACGUCAGUAUGGUGUCCCUUUCGUCGAGACGUCUGCCAAGACCAGGAUGGGAGUCGACGAUGCGUUUUACACUCUGGUGAGGGAAAUCCGGAAAGAUAAGGAGCAGAGGGGUAAAGAGAAAAGAAAACGCAUGAAGGCUGGCAACUCAAGUCGCAGGAAACACCGGUGCUGUAUUCUUUAAAUUGAUAAUUUUGUCAUUCAAGAGCUAAACGAAAAAUGUAAGAAGCUUUAGUAUUUUUACCUCGUAUACUUCGAGUUAUUAAUAUUUGCACAACUCUCAAUUAAGUCACAAAAAAGUGAGACGAGUGCAACAAUCAAGCACAAUUUACGAUUUGAAAUAACAAUAUGCGAUUCUCUUUUACGAAAAAUGUUGGUAAAGAUCCGUCGAUUAUCUUCAAUCAAUAUAUAACAACUCAACUCUUGAUUCGAUAAAUUUACAUGCAGGCAUAAAGGAAAAUAGGCUCUCGUAUGUAUUCGCGAUUUUAAAACUUGCUUCCAUUUAUCCGAAAACUACAACUUGGGAGUGCAUGUUACAGCGUGUAAGGUGACGUUAUUUUUCACGUGUUUAAUACUUGCUUAAGUGUUUUUAAGUAUUGAUAAAUAAGUAUAGAUAUUACGUACUGUAUUAAUUUUACAAUAAAUGAGAACUUUGUUGCGACGGUACAAUGACAAAGUUAACGAAGCACAAAACAGUCAAACGUUCAAAGCUCGAGCACUCCCGAGUUGAGCACAUUUCAAACAAAGGCAAUAAAUCUUUUACUGUGAUCAUCUGGCCUCUAACAUCAGCAAACGCAAUGGUGAAGGAACUUUUAUGUAGAUUAUACGCCGAUUAUGUAUAAAUCGUAUAAUAUGAGUCGCAUACGGUGUUGCUGAAAAAUUUCAUCGAGCGCUUUUUUAUGUUGAUACUUCAUGCCAUUUUUCAGCAAGGAAUAAUCAUGAAAUAAUGAAUGAAACAAGCAUUUAACCCGACUAACGUUACGGAAAAUAGUAGGAUUUGAAACACUUGUUUACAGUACAAACCACUUUUACUAAUUUCGAUUAGUCGAUGACAAGGCUUUCUUUUUAAAUCUGGAAUGCUUCUUUGUUGAUUAUUGUAUGACUGUUGUUCAAACUGUACCAUACUUACAUAUACGACUGUGUAAAGACCGGAUCAUCGGUGAGAUUAUAUAUAAUUGUGUAUAAUGUAUAUAAAAUUUUCUGAACCACAAUCACUCACUUGACUCUACACUCUUGGUUGAAAAAGAAAAAAAAAUAGCUACAAUAUAAAUAUGAAGGAAGAAGUUCGAAGUAACGUGUAUAAAAUGAAUAUCUGAAUUCCGGAGACUUUGUUCGAUGCGCACAGUGUAACAAAGUAUCUGUCAGGAAUAAUUUUCUCCGAUGUCGUGUGUGCUUUGAUCCAAAACAUUUUUAAAACAUCAAUAUUUCUAUAUAUAUACACGCAUACAUAUAGUUAUCUGUGUAACGAUUUAACGAUUCAAGCAAGAAGGAAACGAAGAAAAGUAAAAAAAAAUAAAUAAAUAAUUAAAUAAAACGAAAAAGCGACAGUUAAGGGCUUAGCGAAAUUAGCAAUAAAGUAAAACUUGUAAAGUUUUAGCUUGUAAACGUGGAAAAAAACGUGACGAUUUUUCUUCUGUGUGAUAUAAACAAAGUGCAUAAUUGUUUCUUUCGAUCGUAGUAAGCCUCGUGUUUAAGAUUUUUCGACGAGAAAACUUCCUCUUCCCCCUUUUACUCGUGUUAUAUAUUGUUAUAGUCCGUUUUUUGCUCUUCGCCGUGUAUUUCGCAAUAUGCGUCAUCAUCAUUACCGUAACAAACUUAAUAUGUCCGUUCUUCCCCCCUGUCCCCCUCCUCUUUUUCUUUGUUUUUUUUUUGUAUUAGCGAUUAUAUUUUUUAUAUAAACUUUUGUACAACGACUCUACGCCGUAGGUCAGUCCCCUUUAUUUAGCUCAUUUUCCACUUCAUUUCGAUUGAGAAACUAUCAAUGCAAAUCUUUGUUCUUCCAGCGCAUGUGAACACAACAAUAUUGCCAUUAUAUACAAUACAUAUAAAAUAGCGAACGCGCAGAUGCACAAAUUGUUGCCUCGAUUUUAACGUUUAUUUUCUCUCUUGUAAUUAAUCACAUUGUAACGAUGUAGCCGUUAAGAGGUAUAGAUCCCCGGCGUCUGUGCGUGUGAUCAAGCUUCGCCGGAGCCUCGAAAAUCGAAUUAAACAUGGAUAAUACUCUUCGGAGAGGCUCCGCAAAACUUCGAACGCAUAUUCCUCGGGGGACCAAAAAAAAAAAAUGAAACAGAACCAAGCAGCGAGCGUUAUCGAGAUAUGUACCACAUACUGCACGAUAGAGUUGAUGUGUGAGUGAGAGAGAGAGAGAGAGAGAGAGAGAGAGAGAGAGAGAGAGAGAGAACCUUAAAGGCGCAAAGCAUGACCCGCACGAGUGGCGCUGAGUCAGUGCGCGGCAUUCCUCUCUUCUCUCGCGCCUCUAUCGGGUCAUGCCUAUUUUUAAGUUGUCCGCUGCUGCUGCUGCACAUACAACUCUGCGCGAGCCGCUAAAGUUACAUAUUAUAUACGCAUAUAUUACCGUGCGCUCGUCGUUAAUUACAACAGCCGCCAACAUUGUAUCGCUAUAUUACAUAUUUAUACAUAUACUUUCCCGUUGAUUAUUAUGAUUGUAUACAUGUCGUCGAGGCGAAGCUCUGCCGUUUUCUUGAGGGGGAUGUGUGAGUCUUUCGAUAUGACAUAUCCGUACGUGAGAGAAUGCCAGGGAUGAAGGGGAUUCCCUGGCGUGGGAUAUUAGAUUUUUUUUUAAUUUGUUGGAGAUCGUGUUUCGUUUUGUUGUCGUGGGAGUCGGGGUUGGGAGAUAUCCAUACAUUGACGUUAUUUUUAUCGCUGUUGUGUAAAAAAAGAUAGAAUUAAUAAAGUUCGCAUUUGUUCAAUAUUCGUAGAUUAACGGCACGAAUUUUUCUCUGAACUUCGAUGAAAAGGGUAGUUUUAUCAUUGAUAAUAGCGUAGAAACCAUAAGCUCUAUUUUGUAUGAAAUGUGAACGUCGCUAAAUACUCGUGUAAAAAUAUUUUCCUAACACUUCGUGUAUUAAUAACUUGGAUGGAUUUUUACAUUUACAAACCUAUCGUUGAUGGACAAGAAAAAAAAGACUAUUUUCGGGAAAAAUGAAGGAAAAAAAUAAUGUAAUUUUGAUAAGCAAUUCGCGCGAUUCGUGAAUUGUGCAUAAUUAGUGUGAAGCUGUUGUCGGUUCGAUGGACGAAUUUAGAUGUUUUCACUUUCGAUUCACAAAAAGACUCGGCAGAGUUUCGUCACGGGCGAAGUGAACGCGUUAGCUCAAUAUGAAAAAAAAACAUUAAUUUAGAUGAAUAUAUGCCAAUAAUUCGUUACGAUUACUUUGACAAUAAUUCUGUACAUAGAUACAGUGCCAGGGCUGCGUUUUUUCUCUCCUUUUUUAUUGAGGAAAAAAAGAAUGUUAUAUAAAUAAUGAUGAAUUUUUCGAAUCUUACUUUAAUCUGUUUUAUGUUCAAACGAAUACUGGAGUUCUUAAUCAUAAGUACUGAUAUCACUUAUUGCAUAUACAUAUGACGAAAAUAAAUUUUAUUAAAAAUA